AUGGCUUCUCCCGAGGUUCACCACCUUUUCCACUCCCCAAUUGCGGACCACUCCUUCUCUCAAGACAAGAGUACUUUGGCCGUAGCUCGAGACAACAAUGUGGAGCUCUACCAGGCGUCAGGCAACAAGUUUACAUUGAAAGAUGAACUGAAAGGCCACGACAAGACCGUCACAGGUGUUGACAUUGCGCCAGACAGUGGGCGUAUUGUUACUUGCUCACAAGACCGCAAUGCCUACGUUUGGGAGCAAACACCCAAUGGUUGGAAGCCUACCCUCGUUCUUCUCCGAAUCAACCGCGCUGCUACAUAUGUUCGAUGGUCACCCUCCGAGCAGAAAUUCGCCGUCGGUUCUGGAGCUCGAGUAAUCGCCGUUUGCUACUUCGAGGAGGAAAACGACUGGUGGAUUUCCAAGCAUCUGAAGAAGCCCAUCCGUAGUACCAUAACUACCCUCGCAUGGCACCCCAACUCGGUUCUUUUGGCUGCUGGAUCUACAGAUUCUCAUGCCAGAGUGUUCUCCAGUUACAUCAAGGGCAUUGAUGAGAGACCGGAGCCCUCGGCUUGGGGUGAGCGGCUUCCGUUCAACACCGUCUGCGGCGAGUACUUGAAUGACACUGCUGGAUGGGUGCAUGGAGUUGCUUUUUCGCCUAGCGGAAAUGCACUCGCAUUUGUCUCGCACGAUAGCAGCGUGACUGUUGUGUACCCAAGUGCUCCCGAUCAGCCACCAAAGGCCAUGCUUAACAUUAGCACUAGACUGCUGCCUUUCAACAGUCUGGUCUGGAGUGGUGAAGAUCAGAUCAUUGCUGCCGGCCAUGACUGCGAAGUCUACCGCCUUCAAGGCGAUGAAAACGGAUGGGAGCUAGUCGGCUCGCUUGAAAGCAAGCGUGGUCCAGCCGGAGGCGCUCGGGAAGAGUCUGCCUUGAAUAUGUUCCGUCAAAUGGAUCUUCGUGGUCAGGCCCAGAGUACCACACAGCUUGAAACGGUUCACCAGAACACUAUCAGCACCGUCCGCAUUUAUGAGGAGCAGGGCGGUAUUGUGAGGAAGUUUACCACGAGUGGUGUGGACGGCAGAGUUGUUGUGUGGACCAUUUGA